AUGGGGCUCACCGAUGCAAACAAGUGCACCGCUGGAGGCUCCCCCACAGCGGCCUUUGAGAAGCUCGUCACUCUUGAUGGCAGCAGUGGACUCAUAGAAGUGGACCCGGUAGGGAGAUCAGAACGAGAGCAUGGUAACCAGAACCCGUACUCCCAGGAAAAAAUAUACCCGGUGGCGGCAUUUGAGCGAGUGCUCUUCAAGGGAUACUUUGGGCUCAUGCUGGCAGUGCGGCGCCAGCGAGUGGUGGUUCACAUCCAGGCUACAGCUGACACGUUCUUCCAGUAUGAUGGGGACCCUGCGUGCUACAUGGGCAGUCUGAACCAUGUGGUGCUCGUCGUUGGCUACUUCAUCAAUCAAGACGACGGCAGCCAGAAACGCAUUGCUCCUCCAUUCUGGGUGAUCCGCAACUCAUGGGGAGUGGGGUGGGGAGACAGAGGCCACAUGCGCAUGGACAUUCAAGGAGGGGAUGGCAUCUGUGUCAUCAACGUGCUGCCUGGCAUCUACCCCGUUGUCAAGAGUGAGUGA